AUGGUGAUGUGGUUUGGGGUGUUUUUAAGCUUGUGCGCGUGGUGGUGGGCGGGUGCGAGUGCGCGGUCGCUAGAUCCAAGCGCGUGCGCGGCGCGCUUUGAUGUGCAGCGCGAUAAGAUCAUCCGCACGGAGGAGUCGCGAGAGAUGGGCGCGCGCUACCUCGCUGAACUAGACGUGGGAGCACGCCCAGAGUGCUUGCGCCUCUGCUGCGAGACUGACAGCUGCGAUGUCUUCGUGUUUGAGGAAAAGAGCCCUGGCAGUUGUUAUCUAUUCGCGUGUGGACCGCCCGAAGACUUUCGCUGCAAGUUCACGGCGCAUGGCAACUUCAGCAGCGGCGUACUGGCAAUCAGUCGCCGCCUCGCAGAGUUACAGGACCAGGAGCGUCUAGCGCCAUUGAGGCACCAGCUUGCCGACUUAAGCCGCGGGCGUAGCACGUCUACGACUCCAACACCACCACUGGCGCCUCACCCACCACCUCGUCCCACUCCAUCGCAUUCACCCCCACGAGUAGCUGCUGUCUCCACGCACUGUAGCCGUUACCAGUUCGCGUGCGCUACUGGCGGCGAAUGCGUGGCAGUAUACAAUGCCUGUGAUGGUGUGCCACAAUGCGCAGAUGGCAGCGAUGAAGCACCCGAACUCGCUUGCCCACCGGCGCCGGGUCCACCAGUUCCUGCCUCCACAGCCGCACCACCGCCCACACUCACGCAAGUGCGACUCGAAUCGGAAAUAGACACCGGCGGUGAUCUCAGCGUUGCAGAAGCGGCGGCGGUAGCAGAAGCGGCUGAGCUCUGGCCUCAUCGUCUGACGCAAGCACAGCCCCAACAUCACUAUAACGACGCAGUACCUGGCCCGGUGACGGGGGAUGCAGCAACAGGCCCACAUAUUUUUAGUCACACGGGCGGCUUGGUGCAGCAGUUAGGCGAGCCAGCUGCGCCAGCGCUUAGCUGGGCGCGUCACUCUUGGCCUCAACCACAUCGAGCUGAACCUGAAUGGCCCCCUCAGCAGCCGGCCGCACCUCCUGGCUAUUGGCCCGACACCGAACGCAUUUGGUCUCCGCAUCGCCUUCCACCCGCCCCAGCACAGAGAGUAAUGGAGCAAAGAGACAGUGCGAUCGACAACACAAUGCCUGAGCUUCCACUAAUAUAUGGAGGAGACCGUGGUGCGGUGCUGCGGGACUCGCCCAAGAAAGGUUUCGAGCUGAUGGCGGCCGCCGAUCGCGUACCGUAUACGCCGCCGCCUUCGCUACCACCCAGAGCGAUGGUUCCAAACGCUGUGCUGCUGCCAAACGCACCACGUCCCCAGCAGACCAUACCAAUAGAACAUUCGCCUACACCACUUGAAAACACCACCAAGAAAAAAGUUCUUAAAGACAUACAACCAGAGUUAGAUAACACGAUUGCGGCUCCGAAUCAAAACGGGAAGCUAGCGGUGCUACCAAAUGAGCAAGGGCGUCCAAAGCAGAUAGAACAGCGGGCUCCAGAACAGCAUGGAGAUAUCGGGCGAGUUGAGAUGGGGCAACACGAGCAUUGGGCCAGUGAUGAGCACGAAGGUCUCAGCGAACACCCCCCUGCUGCACUGAUGCUACUUGUUCUCGGCACUCUGCUAACCGCGGCGUUGGGCGCGUUAGCGGGCUGCCGGCUGCGCGCUGCAUCACGCCGUCGUCGCCAUCACAAACGGUAUGCGCUCGAUGCCGAUUACCUCGUCAACGGCAUGUACCUUUAG